CCGCAAAGCGGACGCUUCACAGCGCCAGGCUCACAAUGCAAGUUGUGCUUUAGAUUUUUCUCGCGAUUGCACCGCAAAUGGAACAUUAUACAGCAUCUUUUUAGUGCUUCGAAUUGUUCAAUUUCCUUCAGAAUUUUUCUGAUAAGUGGCGAUUUUCUGCGGAGUGGAGAAGGCUCGUAGGAUCCUUACAGGGCAUUUUGAUUUUCGAGGUUUGUGGAGUCGCAUCCAAGUUAUGGAAUCGCCAGCGAUGGAUCGUGCACAAUUUCGGUUGCAGCAGCUGGCUGCGCACCUUCAACCCGUCCAGGUCCAGGGCUCUCUAUCUGCUAUGGCAUGCAUGGGUGGCAUUCGGAGAGACUCUCGAGUUCAUUAUGCCCGAGCUGCUGUGAAUGAUGCACGAUUUAUGCGACCUGCACAGCCCACGAAAGGCAAUCACACCGAGGAUGUGAAGCAGUCGGUGCCUCAAUCUGAAGGUUCUCAAUACAAGGAAAAGCAUGGAAACUCUCGUGAUGUCAUUGUUCCUCCUUUGUUUAGCAAGCCAUCAGUGCAGGAUGCGGUUAAACCAGUUUCAGAACCUAUGUUCUCUCGUAGCAGCUCACAGUCACCACAAGAAGUGGAGAAAGAGAAAGAGGCAGCUGCCCUCGCUUGGGCUGCUGCAGAAGAACAGCCAACCCAUCCUGAAACAGAGAGCAUUGGUAAAGGCUAUGAGUGGUUUCCCCGCAUGGAUAUUGUGGAGUCAGGCUCCGCUUAUGUCGUAACCGUUGAACUUCCGGGGGUGAGCGCGGAUGGCAUCUGUUGUGAGGUCACCUCUGACAGCUUGGUAGUAUCAGGCAGUCGGGCUACUGAUUGGUGGAAAACAACGGCGACAGUCAUGGUAACGGUAAUAGCAAUGGCAGUAGCGUCUACCAUCAACGGCAGCUCGCUCAAGGUCCAUACCGAGCCGUGUGGCGUCUACCAAAGAGUGCAGACCUUGGCUCGAUAACUGCAGAAUUCAUUGAUGGCUUUUUGCGGGUGUUAGUGCCGAAGAGGCGGAUUGUACGCUACAUAUGAACGAGUUGACGGCCUUCACAUUUGGUGCUAUAAAUAUAGGGUCUGCGGGAUUGGCCAUGUAGAACACCAAGGCCAAGUUCAAUAGAUCCUUAAAUAUGUACAUGGGAGACUUUCGUGACGCUUUAUAAUAAAAUAUCGUGUAUUGUAAAGAAGA